AUGGUUCCCUUCAAGCGACAUCUGCGAGACCUAUGGAUUGCAGAAGAUAUCAGCGACGCUGAAGGCGGUGACCAAGUACCAGCGAAGGUCAAGCGUAUCACGCUCAUUAACCGAGCCAUGAAGGCAUGGGAUAUGGUCACCCCUGAGGAGGUUCGAGGUAGCUUCUUCGAGGCGAUUCCGAAGUCGUAG